ACUGAGAGUUACAACCAUAUAUCACCUGAAUGUGUAAUACACGCUCGUAUAUUUCAUGCGAGAUAAAACCUAUAUCACCCUGACCUGGAUCUAGCUGUAAUUCAGUGGAGGCUUACAACUCAAGCAGAUCAAUGUGACGCCAAGGCCAGGUGAUUAGUUAAGGCACCACACAGCUUUCACGAUGCCGCUUUUCAACUAGGCAGUAUUUAGUAGUCCGAACGAAACAAAUACUCUAAAUUAUCUCCCUUGUUAGCGAGAGGACAAAUAUGGAGGCUUUCAGAAUGCGGUCCUCCAAGUUCCGCCAUGUUUUCGGCAAACCAUUCCGUAAGGAGAUGUGUUUUGAAAAUAUUCGCAUCACAAAGAAUGCUCAUGAUGGUUGCUUCUGUGCCGUCAACCCGAAGAACAUCGCGGUCGUCACAGAGAGUGCAGGGGGCGGAGCCUUCAUUGUACUUCCUGUCAAUCAGGGAGGUCGAGUGGACAUCAAUAUCCCCAAGGUUAGCGGUCACGCUGGCGCCAUCUUGGACCUAAAGUGGAACCCCUUCGACAACCAGGUCAUUGCCUCUGGAUCAGACGACUCCACUGUGAAGAUCUGGCAGAUUCCCAAUGAAGGUCUCUACGCCAACCUGAGUGAAUGGCAGGUGGACCUGCACGGACAUCAGCGACGGGUGGCUUACAUUGAGUGGCAUCCUACCGCCUCCAACAUCCUGCUGUCUGCCGGAUAUGACUUCAAGUGCUUCAUCUGGAACGUUGAGCAGGCUGAGCCAGUGAAUGUGAUCGGUUGUCACACAGACACUAUCUUCUCUAUUGCUUGGAGCCGGGAGGGGUCCAUGUUCGCCACGACCUGCAAGGACAAGAAACUACGUGUUAUAGACCCAAGGUCAACCAAUAUCAUCGCGGAAACGACAGGUCACAUUGGCAACAAAGCAUCCAAGGUGGUCUUCAUGGAAGAUUCCAUGAGGCUGCUGACAACUGGCUUCUCCCGCCAGUGUGAUCGACAGUUAGCAUUGUGGGAUAUCAGGAACAUGUCAAGUGCACAGAGAAUUGAUGGCAUCGACUGCUCCAAUGGGGUGAUCCAGCCUUACUACGACCCGGACGUACGGGUGGUGUUUCUGGCAGGGAAGGGGGACGGCAAUAUCAGGUACUACGAGAUCACAGACGACUCAUCGUACUUUCAUUACUUGAGCGAGUACAUGUCCUCGUCACCGCAGAAGGGAAUUGGUCGGAUGCCGAAGGUAGGGUGUGACGUCACCAAGUGUGAGAUACAGAGGUUCUACAAGAUCCACGCUGCCAAGAACUUCCUGGAACCGGUGUCUAUGAUUGUUCCAAGAAAGUCUGAGCAGUUCCAAGAAGACAUUUUCCCCCCGACUGCCAGCACCAUCCCCUCGCUGUCCGCGGACGAGUGGGUCAGUGGUCAGAACCGAGAGCCAAUCCUGGUGUCCCUACAGGACGGCACAGUUACAAAUACACCAAAAGUGUCAACGUCUAGGCCCGUACAACGACAGGACGGUGCCAUGCAGGCCAACCCGGUCAUAACAACUUACACAGCCGUCACUCGCCAAGGCGGAAGCAAUCGACCAAUCAAACGUGCCAACACAAUUGCCUCCUCGACUGUCCCAAAUAACGUCCCAGCAGCGGAACCAGCGUCUCUUAAAAACAUCAAACGCCUGAGCAUAAAUGAAGACAUUGUUACAAUAGAGGAAACGUCUCAUUCUUUAAGUCAGAAACGAGCAAUGUUUGAACAAACAACAAACAACAACAACAACAAUAAAAACACCCCCCAGUCAGGUCCUGCUGACCAGAACUCACAUUACCAGAAGAAGAUGUGGUCACCGGUGUCCCCCACAGUGCCCGCAACUACCACAACGCCCAACGGCUUGCCAAGCACAGACUCAGAGCAAGGGUUAUCUCCCUUCAAGCCACACAGUGAUGUGAGCAGAUUAGAGUUAUUUCCCUUGCCGGGGAAUGACAGUGUAGAGUCAGAUGUCACAGAAUGGAGGACAAAUGAAGCAUAUCAGCGAAGAAAACGCCCCCUUUCGUCCAAUUCCUCCCCGACAAUAGCCGCAUCCUCGUACAACAGUCUUGCUAAGCUAGUCAUUGGGGAGGCGUCCCCGCAGUCACAAAGCAACAAAAUCCACUUGAGAAAAGUGUGGCAUAUGCAGCCAAGCACCAUCUCCCCUUGCCCACCGACUGACCAUAACGGCCAUAACUUUCACAAUGACAUAGAGCUGAAGAAAGCCUACUUCCGGCAGCAAGAGGAGCUGAACAGUCUGAAGGAGCAGCUCCGGUUGAAAGACAAGCGGAUCACGCAGCUCGAAGACGAGGUGCAGAGACUCCGCACCGGAAGCGGAGAUCAGGGCGAGAGUAACUGUUGAUUCAUGGGAGAUGUGUCUGAAUUCCACAAACAUGUUAUUUCCAUGGAAACGUAAAGAUCACGUAGGAACUGUAUCUGUCAGUAUGGAUGUUUCCCAAGGGAUGCUAGUGAACAUCAAAUCAUAUAUCGGGUAGAUUUACUUCCUGGGUUACGUUUAUUCUGAUGAUGCUGACGAAUCAGUUAUUGAAAGACUUGUUGCCUUUGUGAUGUCACGGAGAUGGUGGGCAGGUUCACCAUCAUGAAAAGGGCGUGGCAUUUAUUAUUCACUAAACCAUCCUCUCAUCAACUGUUGAUUGGAUAAUGAGCUGUCAACUCCUGUUAUAGAUACCAAGGGACUUUUGUAAUGACUUUCUGUUAUAAUCAACUCUGUCAUGUCCACCUUGUUAAUCUUACUUUCCAUAUCCAAUUUUGUUGCUUUCUAAUGUCAUUCAGGGUUUUGUUGUCCCAACAUCAUGAGGUUUGAAUCUUAGACUUGCUUAAGACUUGACACAGGCUAUGGAUACCGAUCCAGCUUUGGAGAACCGACAUUAGAGAAGUGUGAUCAUAAUGAGCAGUUCGUACAUGCUUCAGACACUGUAGAAUCACCGAAAAUUAUUUUUGUUUUGUACUUGUAGGACAGAACGUGAUUGCAAAUGUUUUGAAAAGUACACCUUGGCCAUUAGGGUCACAACACAUACACUGGUCCGCUUUGUGAAUGCUCAAAGACAUAAUAAUUGGAAUCAUGACAUGGACAGGCCCUCAUUUGGCUACCUUUCAAAUAGCAGAAUAUUUGAGUUGAGAAUGUAAUCUGGUUUGUCGGUUUCAUGCGAGUUAUCUGUGGGAAAGUCAUUGUUUUCUGGCCUGUGUGGGUAGCUACUUGAAAAUUGUACUUGUGCCUUUUCGACCAUGUGGAUCAAGGUUAAAGUGGGUCAAGGUUAAAGUGUGAAGAUCAAGGUCAUUGGUUUUGAAGGUCAAGAUCAUUGGAUACGAAGGUCAAGUGCAUUUAGUGUGAAGGUCAAGGUCAUCUGGUGAGAGAUGAUCAGGGAUGUGAUUCACUUGGAAAAAUCAUUCGACUCCAUGAUGGGCUGAGAUGUAGGCGUUCCUCUGUAAUGAAGCUCCGUGAUACCAUACAAACAUCAAUAUUUUGUCAUGUGAACUGUUUCAGGUGUUUUGACAUAAUACAACAUAUAGAACUCCUGUUAAGCUCAGUGCAUGUGAAAACGGCUCAACAGCAUCUUGUAUAUUAAGAAUGUUUGCUGGCUUCAAGAACUGCUUUCAGAAUAAAUCACAGGAAAAAGACAGGAAAGAUAUUGGAUACUCAUUUUUAAAAAAUAAUGUUUUUACAGCAGUUGU